AUCAACCGUAUAGAACGUUUUAAAGCUUUGUAAGUGGAAUAAAGUUUGCCGUCUACAUGACAACAAAGGGAAAAUGAUGGCAAAGCGAAGGUGGUUUUUGGCGAUAGUCUUUUCCACGAUACUGUUCAACGUGUUCUUGAUCACCAACAAGUGGUCCGGAGUUCAUUCAAACCAAGCAAGUGUAAGGAUGCGAGCGUAUUCACCUAAAGCUACAUCGGUACUCGGAGAGGCUGGAAUGGCAUAUUCACCAGCCGCUGACGGUACUUAUUCUAUAGACGCAAUCACGAAAGGUAAUCUCAAACAUAUUAAAGGCAAAUUCGAUUACAGUAAAUCUCCGUAUAUUGACCCAAAGCUUAAUAUUAAUACUGAAGCAUUCAAUCUGCAUAAUAUUUUAUGGUGGAACCCACCGAGAUGGAUGAACGACUGGAUUGAAGAAACAGACGAACGCCGGUGUUCAUAUACAAACUGUAAGGUCACUACUGACAGAUCAACCCUUAAUGGAAGCAGUGCGGUGGUAUUUUCCGUUGCCGACACAGGCAUGGGGAGUCGACCCCCUCUAACCUCAAAUGAGAGAAAUCCAAACCAAGCUUGGAUAUUCUACACAUUGGAGUCUCCCUAUAAUAUUUUAUGGCAACAAGAUCAUAAACGCACCGAAUGGUUGAACGUGUUUAACUGGUCUUGGACGUACAAACCGGAUUCAGACAUCUUCCAUCCAUAUGGUAUAUUGCAGACAAGAGAUAGGACAUUACAGAGAAACUAUAGCGAAGUUUUCAGAAAGAAGACGAAACUAGCCGCUUGGGCGGUAAGCCAUUGUGGUGCUGUGAGUAUUUCAAGAAACGGGAAUGCGUCUAUCGUUGACAUAUUCGGGUCAUGUAAAGGAGCAUUGUCUAAACCAAGUGAAGAACAGUUCGAGACAAUUCUUGAUGAACAUUAUAAAUUCUAUCUCGGGUUUGAGAAUUCAUUUUGCCCUGGUUACAUUACAGAAAAGUUCUUUAUGUACUAUAAACGAGACGUUAUAACAAUCGUCCGCGGCAUGGGCGAGUAUGAAAAAUACUUUCCAAAAGGGUCAUUUCUCAACACAAAAGACUUCCCGAGUCCGGGAGACUUAGCAAAAUUCAUAGUGAAUCUCGCAGCGGAUGAAGAAAGGUACAUUGAAUACCUUAAGAUGAAAGACAGAUUUUCUGUAGAAGAACGACGCUUUAUGUACCAAGACGCGGUAUGUAGUAUAUGUCAUAAACUCAACAACAUUGAAGAAUACAGAAAGACUAUAGUUGAUUUAAAUGAAUUUCUAGGAACAUGUGUUCAACCAAAGGACGUAUAGAGUAGUUAUGAUAAUAAUUUAUGCAUCAUAAAUCUGCUAGCAGUACAUACUUCAAAUACAUUUGUCCCUAUACCAACUAGUGCGAUACGGCAGUAUUCCAAUAUUUUGACGUCACGUCAUAACAAGUAUCAUUGCGCGAUGUCAACAUGACGCCAUUAAACAAAGUGUUCCAAGAAGAUGUUCAUUAAUGCAACACUGACGUGUCGUCAGUUAAGUAUACCUGAUAUGUAUAUUAUAUUAGAAUGACUAGUAUUAUUGUGUUUUGAACUAUGCUUUGUUUGUUUCUCGUGGAAUUCUGCAGAUUAUUUAUUUCACUGGCUAGCGGCACAAGAGUAUAAGUUUGCAAAACUCCACUUGGGACGAAUUCAACAUCCGGGAUCGAAACGCAGAGCUUACAACCCAAUUCUAGCAUCCCUUUAUAAAUGUGCUGUAUUCCAUUCGCCACUGUUAGACUGCUUCCUCAAAUGAGAAUAAACUUGCCAACUUUUGACGUGUUCGAUGUUGUCCUACACAAUAGACGUUCAGAAGCGCCUGUGCAUGUUUCAGUGUCAGUAACUGCGAAGAACGGUCAACCUGACAUUUCGAAUAUUGCUUACGGCCCAAUAAGCAAUAAUUUACAUAAAUAAGGAUUUUGUUUGGCCAACAGUGAACUCAAUUAUAAUUGCU